AUGAUUUCUCUAUUAUUAGUGUUACAACUAACAACUAUUCUUGGUUGCGAAUUCAAAUAGGAAGACCAUUAUUACAAUUUAACACAAUUACAAAGAACUGAACCAUACAUAGUGAAAGCAUCUGCAGAUUCAAGCUUUUUCAAAAUGGCUUAUUAGUUUAAUUUUUGCGGGAAUCACCCUAAACAUUGUCAAGGUUAGAGUGGAGCAUAUUAGGCAUUAGAAGUGAUGGGAAUAUUAACUGAUUCUUGUGAAAUAUUAGGCAAACCAGAGAAUUAAUAAAUGUCAUUGAUUGAAAACGGAUUACAAAUUACUUAUUCAUAAGGCUCAUAAUGUGAAAACAAUUAAAAAAAAAGCGUGAAUUUCAACAUUCUAUGCAGUUCAGAAGCGGACUAAAAUUUUGUAUUGUUGUCUGAAGAUAAUUGUAGAACUGCGUUUCAAAUGAAAUCACCAGCUGGAUGCAAAUAGUAAUAUUCAGCAUAGCCAUUAUUUAUCUAUUAUCUUAGUGGAGUUGGUGUAAUGUUAAUGAUUUUGGGAGCAUGCUUUGGGUACAAAUAAUUGCAAAAGAAAAAAGACGAGAAAUCUGAUUAAUAUGAAAAACUGAAUAGUGAUCAACCUCAAGCAUAAAAUAAAAACCCAGAUCAGAGUACUACUGUUGUUAUCAAUCAAGAAGCGCCAUCCUCUUGAUUUUAAAUCAUGUGAUCAUAUUAAAAAUAACUUAAAUGAUAUUUAU